AUGAGCCUUCUCACCAACACCUACAGGCCACCGCCCGCUGUGAACCCCAUCGACGAAGCGUUAUCCCUCUUCCACUCGGUCCUGCCAUUCGCCUUCCAGCUGCGCCGGUACAAAGAUGACCCAUCUUCACUGUUCAGCCUUGUCGCCGCACUCCACCACUUGCGGUUUCGUGGUACCAGGGAACUAGAUCAUCUUGUACAAUCCAUUUCACUCCAUCGACAGGCACUGGAACUGCGUCCUGCGCCCCAUCCGUCUCGGAUCUACUCUCUGCGCAAUCUUGCUGGUGUUCUGGACGCGCUUUUUGACGAAACAAGAGACGAUAGCCGUCUCGAAGAAGCUGUUGAGGUUGGACGGGAGGCGGUAUCCUCGUUGCCUCCUCCCGAGAUCUAUGACGUAGAAGAAGUGGUGUUUGGAACGCCUCUCUUUGCCUGGGUCAGCUCCCUGAGCCAAUUAGCCCGAGCACUGGAGCGCCUAUUCCAUGUUAUACCAGAGUCCCACCCGGCCUUCUAUUCUUUCCAGUCUUUCACGAUGUCUCAGCGCGAGCGCCAAGCUCUCGAGAGCACAUCACCCGAGAACGCUGAAGGCUACCAAUUCGCGCUCCACGCACUGGCAUCGACUCUGCAACAGUCGUACCACGACCCUUCGAAUUCCCUCUCCAACCUCGAUGAAUCCAUUUCACUGCAUCAACGCGCCCUUAUCAUUCCCAAUAGGGAAGGUACCUGGUCCACAUUGAACAACCUCGGCUAUGCCUUGUGGCUCCGCUACGAAAAGACACGUUCGAAGAAAGAUCUGGAGGAUAGUAUAGCAUUCUCUCGAGAGGCUCUACUUACUCCGACUCAAGGAGAACCCGUCAUCAAGUGGCUUACACUCAACAACCUCGCGCGAGCCCUUAUCUCCCGUCUGGAAGUCGAGUACGACGAGGGAGCACAUGAAGAAGCAACGCAGCUAGUGCAGAAGGCGCUCGCUUUGAAGCCUUCUCCGCACACCGAGCGCUUCUAUCCUCUCCGUACCAUGGCCUACGCAUACCAGGCAAGGUAUAAUCAUCUCCGGGACCCGAACGAUCUCGCCCGGGCGUUGGAUGCCUUUCAGCAGGCGUGUACGUACCCAACUGGAGUUACACUCGAACGGUUCCGUACAACACUUGCCUGGGCAGCCUUUGCCCUCGAGAAAAACCGCGAUCAGCAUCAUUGGGCCCUCACAGCAUACCGACACGCCGUCUCCCUUCUUCCCCGCCUCAUCCCCUUCUCCAAAAACAUGGCGUCAAGAAGGAACAUCCUGCUCCAUAGCAGAGGGCUGGGGGCAACCGCAGCAAGGGUGGCCAUCGAGCUGGGCGAGCUCGAAGAGGCUGUCACACUGUUAUGCGCAGUGCAGUCAAUGUUCUGGACGCUCUCGCUCAACCUCAGAACGCCAAUCGACGAUCUGGCCGCUGUUAAUCCGGAGUUGGCGGAGCGGCUGCAGUGGCUGUCUCGUUCUCUCGAGCAAGGCGUUCUUCGAGGGCCCAAUCCAAAUAAUGCGACAAACACCCAAGGAGAAUAUGAACAAUUCACGAUCGCAGAAGAGUUCGACGCGGUGAUGAGGGAGGUCAGGAAGAUGGAAGGGUUCGAAGAGUUUAUGAAGCCCCUAGAGUUCAGUCGUCUCCGACAGGCAGCGUGCAACGGCCCAGUGGUUAUCCUCAUCGCACACGAACGUGGAUGUGAUGCUCUGGCACUUCGAGCGUCAACUGGACUCAUCCACAUCCCGCUUUCCAAGAUCUCGUAUAGGAAAGUGGUCAUGUUGGGUGAUGCCAUUCAAUCCAUCGUCGGAGGCGGGAGCGUUUGUUCGAGGCACUAUGGGAUGGAAGAGGAAGAGAAGCUCGAGGGGCUUUACAGAGACGUUCGGAAAAUCCUUCCGGGGAGCUCACGCAUUACUGGAUUGAGAGGCUCACAAGAUCAGAGGUUUGAGACCGUCCUUGGAGUUCUUUGGACGUCCAUCGCUCAUCCCAUUCUUGAGGCACUGGACCUGAAGAACAAGACGGAGAACCCCCCACGAAUGUGGUGGCUUCCUACAGGCCCAUUCAUUCGACUUCCCAUCCACGCUGCCGGACUGUAUUCUGGGAGCCAACCCACCUGUCUCUCCGACUUUGCCACGCCCUCCUAUUGCACCAACCUCUCUGACCUUUUGCGUCCGAGGUCAGAACCCGUCGGCGAGAGCUCCGCACCUAGAGUACUUGCCGUCAUGCAGGAAGAGGUACCAGAUCAUCCCCACCUGAAAUUGCCUAAAAUCCCAGCUGAACUCGAGUCACUUCAAAACUCGAUUUGGGAAGCCCGGAUGGAGUCUUGUUCAUCGACAUCAAGUCCCUCUGAGGCAAAUUUAUCGCGCCUGGACCUCAUCGCCCAAGUCGGCACGUCCGAAUCACCCACCUCACCUGCCGCUGUGUUAGAAGAGCUCCACCAGGGGGUCGAUAUCGCGCAUUUCGGAUGCCACGGAGUCCAGAACCUCGAGAAUCCACUGGAGAGUCACCUGAUGCUUAGUGGAGGAAAGCUCACCAUGACCGAUCUCUUCCAGGUCCGAGCUGAUGGAUCCAAUGGUUGGAGCUUACCAGGUGGCCCCGUCGUUCCUUUCUCCAAGAAACGCAUCGCGGAAUCUGAGCCCGAGAACCCCCAGACGCAGGGAAAGCGUCGCCGUGUUUAA